UUUGCCAGAACGGGAGCGGCAGGAGUCCGAAGAGUUUGGCGGAACAAGCGGACCGAGAGACCCGUGAGACCCGAGAGACCCGUGAGACCCGAGAGACCCGUGAGACCGCUCCGCGUGUGAGACCUCAGCGGGGACUCGGGAGGCACGAUGUGGGCUCGGCUGCUGCUCGGCGUCGGGGGCUCGGGGCUCGGGCUGCGGGCUUCCAGGGACGGUUUGCUGCGGCUGGCCGGUGCUGGAUGUGCGGGGAAGCGGCAGGCUUCAAACGGAGAAGCCGCCUCGAAGAAGACUCCGCUGUUUGACUUCCACAGGGAGCGGGGGGGCAGGAUGGUGGACUUUGCAGGAUGGAGCAUGCCUGUCCAGUACAAAGACAGUCACAUCGCCUCGCACAUGCACACCAGAGAGCACUGCUCCAUCUUUGACGUCAGCCACAUGCUGCAGUCCAAAGUCCACGGCAAAGACAGGGUGAAGUUCAUGGAGUCUCUCGUCGUUGCAGAUAUUGCAGAACUCAAGGACAACCAAGGUACGUUGUCCCUCUUCACCACUGAGAAAGGAGGGAUUAUUGAUGACCUCAUUGUCACAAAGACUGACCAGGGCUACCUCUACGUCGUCUCCAACGCUGGCUGCGCCGACAAGGACUCGGCGCAUAUGAAGGCCAGACUGGCAGAGUUCAAAGCUGCAGGCUUUGAUGUGGAUCUGGAGUUCCUUGAUGAGGCGCUGAUCGCUCUGCAAGGUCCAUCCAUGGCUCAGGUGCUCCAGGAGGGGCUAAAAGAGGACCUCACCAAGCUGACCUUCAUGACCUCCAACUUGGCCAAUGUGUUUGGUAUUCCUGGCUGCAGGGUCACUCGCUGUGGAUAUACCGGAGAAGACGGGGUGGAGAUCUCCGUCCCCCAGUCCAGAGUGGUGGAGCUGACGGAGAAGCUGCUGGUUAACGGGGAGGUGAAGCUGGCCGGUUUGGGCGCCAGGGACAGUCUACGGCUGGAGGCGGGGCUUUGUCUCUAUGGAAACGACAUCGAUGAGACCACCACGCCUGUGGAGGGCAGCCUCGUCUGGACCAUAGGAAAGGCUUCGGUGUUCACUACAAAAUAUUUGCAUUCAUUGUUUGUUUUUUUCUGACCAGAUUUCUUUUUGAAGAAGGUUGUGGUGGAACCAGUGAUUUUUAAAACCCGUCAAUCUUUUCAGCUACAUCGGGACUCUUUUUGUGAAGCAGACCGUUGGAUUAGAUUUUCCCUUCCGUGUACUCAAUUUGUCUGCUUACGCGCAGGAAAGCGUCGGCGUCAGACCAAAGACUUUCCCGGCGCUGACGUCAUUGUACCUCAGAUCAAAGCCAAGACGGCCAGGAAGAGAGUCGGCCUGGUGUCUACCGGCCCCCCCGUCAGGCAACACACACCCAUACUCAGCCCCGAUGGAAAGGUCAUAGGUGAAGUGACUAGCGGCUGCCCGUCUCCCUGCCUAAAAAAGAAUGUUGCCAUGGGUUACGUGGAUGCAGCAUUCGCUAAAAAUGGAACAGCCAUCCAGGUCGAGGUCAGGAAAAAAGCAGUGCCCGCCUCCGUCAGCAAGAUGCCCUUUGUACCCACCAACUACUAUUUUGGAUAGGAGGGACACACACACACACACAUACACAUGCACAUACUCACACUGGACCAUUCCUGCCCCUCUGUCCCAUACAUCGCUGCCCCCUUCCGUUUACCUCCAGCAACGCAACACCAGCGUGAAGACUGAACGUCUUCAUUGACGAGUCCUCUGAGAGGAAAUAAUCCAAAAAUGCUAAACUAUACUAUACGAUACAGAAUGUGUCUCGGUCAGAUGUGAUCAGACACUUUCCUUGUGUAGCAGAUGAAAUGCUUAGCAGUUUGCCUUUGAGACACUAAAGCAGAGAUACAACGUUCCACAGUGUAAACUGAAUGGUGAUUUGAGGACAACAGGACCUCACAUGUAAUAACACAUUUCAAUCAGCAGGGGGACACCCUGCGAGCAGCUCGUAUGCUACCUGUGUGGUUUCCCAUAGGGAUGCAUGCACAUGAAAUUAAUUCCAUGCAGUAUUGUGGCGUCUGAGAAUGCAUGUAUGACGUUAUGGGCUUAAACGCUCUGUUAACACAAUCCGUAGACCAAUUUCUUCUCUUUUUUUUCUUGUAAUGUUUUAUAAGCGGACGGCAGCGUGUUAAAGUGAUUAAAGUAAGAACAGAACCACUGAGAUGGAUCCAUUAGACACAAUAAUUGAAUUAACUUUUUGUUGGAGUAAAUAGGUUUUGCUAAUGAAACAUGACAUUGUUUACUUUGUUACCGCUGGACCAAAACUACGAGAUUCCAAAUGGUUCUUCUGAUGUCAAAUGCAUGUCUGCAUUUUGCCGCGGCCUUUUAAAUCCCACAGAGCCAACUUUCUAUUCAUGUUAUUGUUAAGUCAUAAACAACACAAAACUCCUAUCUAAAAUGUGCCAAUUAACACAAACCAGUUCAGUUUGUGAAAGUGACAUAUUUGUUUUAAUCAGGAGUUCUUGUUUGAAGGGAAAUGGAG